GCAAGCCGAUCGACAAAUCGACGAGGAUUACCGGAACAGAAAGAGCCCGAGGCGAUCGACUAUAAGCAGCAUGGCUACGGAGGGCGGUUUAGCACCGGAUGCAGCUGCAGGUCCAGGCGCUGGCACCGACGGCAUCGUCGGUGGUCCCAGGACGCCCCAGCAAAUUGCCUCGCAGAAGCGGCUGCAGGCGACGCAAGCGCAAGUCGACGAAGUCGUCGACAUUAUGAAGACAAAUGUAGAGAAGGUCCUCGAGCGCGAUCAAAAGCUCUCCGAGCUUGACGAUCGAGCAGAUGCACUCCAACAAGGAGCGUCACAAUUUGAACAGCAAGCCGGCAAAUUAAAGAGAAAGUUCUGGCUACAGAAUCUAAAGAUGAUGAUCAUUAUGGGUGUAAUCGGACUCAUCAUACUGGCCAUUAUUAUCGCAAACUUCAUGUAGGCGCGCUGAUUGGUGGAAGAUAUUUGUGUGUGAGUGAGUCUGAAGCGAGCCUCACCGGCGGCAGCAAUACACAAAAUUGAACGCGAGAGUAAGAGCUAAAGUAAAAUAACGUAACACCUAUUCAACAACAAUAAAAAGAGAGAUAAAGAAAAAGAGGAGGAAUAAGAAAGAGAAGAAGAAACGGCGGCUGAGAAAUUCCCGAAGAGGAGAUGAUUUUUGGAGGGAUAGAAGAUCUCGCAAGAUGGAAAUUGUGAUGAGCCGUUGACGAGCUCUGCCGAAGUUCUCCGCGAACGUAAUCGUCGGAUCGAUCGCGCGCGAGAAUCAAUCGAUCGAUCGUCGGCCUUGGAAUUCAACGUGGGAGAGAAGGAAGGACGACAGCGGAUGAUCGGAAGCAGGAAACGUUUUGAUCCGAGCGGGAACGACGAAGAGAGCCGUCGCGACGACCACGGAACUUUCCUGUUAUCCUUCGUAGUGUUUUUUUUUCUUUUUCGGAUCGAAUAGGGGAAGUUGAGGGGAUCCACGCCGAACCAGCUCGGUCUCCAUAUUUCACAUGGAUGAAGGUUGCGCAUGACAAUUAACGUAUGCAAAAUUCCGCUGAUUUCUCGAUCAUUAUUUCAUU